CAGCUGAAGCUGAUGGCCAGUUGCGAAGCAGAAACAAAGAGAAGCGGAACCUGUUGCGCAAGCGCAACUUGAAAAGUAAAAAACGUAAUCCGCUAUUGUGACAGGUGACCAGUUGUAGAAAUUUGAACUAUUUGCUUUGCAUAACAAUAGACUGAAGAAACGAACUUGGCUUUAACCAUGGCCAGCUGGAAUCGAUGACGACACAACUACACACAACCAAAUAAUAUACUUAUAAACAAAUUAACAAGUUUUAAAGCGGAAUCAUGAUUCAGCUAAGACUGCCCGCAAUUUUGCUUUUAUUGCUGCCGUUGUUCGCUUUGGUCAGCGCCGAAUACGUUUAUGGCGAACCAGAAUUCAAAUGUCCCAAGAAAGCACAAAUCUUAUAUCCCUGCUUGUGUGUUAAUGGCAGCGAUAAUGGACUUUUUGUGCGCUGCGAAAACACAAAUUUGGCAACACUUUCGGUGGCCCUGAAGAAUUUGGCCUCCCUCGAAAUGCCCGUGGAGGAGCUGACCAUCUACAAGGGACACUUUGUACGGCUUUUUGGACCGCUUUUCGCCCAUAUCAAGGCGCGUGUGCUGACGAUUGAGGAGACUCCGAUUGCCACCAUAGAAGAUUACGUGUUUUAUGGCGUCAACAAUACAUUGGAACAGCUUAAUUUGCUGCGCACGAAUCUAAGUCAAGUUGGCCAACUGGCUUUCGGUAUUUUGGGCAAAGCCCGGCAAUUGGUGAUUGAUGGUCAUGCGUUUGAACAACUGCCCAAAGAUCUGUUUGUUGGUCAAGAGAUUAGCAACAGGCUGGAAAUCAUGCGUCUCUCAAAUGGACUUUUGAGUGACUUGCCGGUGGAGACAUUUCAGCCGCUGCGAAAGUUAAAAACUCUGGAUUUGCAUGGCAAUCAACUGGAGAAUCUCAAGCGGAAUCAAUUCAAGAAUCUGCGCGAACUGGAGUCCCUUGAUAUAAGUCACAACAGUAUCAAGAAAUUGGAGGCACAACACAUUUCAGAUCUGACCAAGUUGGGCUGGUGCAAUGUAUCGCACAAUGCCCUAAAUGAGCUGAGUCGUGGCACCUUUGCCAGGAACUCGGUGCUCAAGGUGCUCAAUCUGUCCCACAAUAACAUUGCCAAACUGGAUGCGAAUAGUUUUCGUGGUAUGCGUUUUUUGCGCCGCCUCUUUCUGAGCGACAAUGUAAUCAGCGAUAUUGGUCGUGGCACCUUUGGCUCGGUGGCUCGCAUUGGAACCAUUGACUUGGCGAGGAACAAACUGAAGAAGAUCGAAUAUCAAAUGUUUACCCAAAUGAACUAUGUGGAGCUAUUGGAUUUGGCGGAGAACAAUAUCACGAAGAUUGAGAAGAACUCGUUUAAGGAUAUUUACCAAUCGGUAAUUAAUGUCUCUCACAACGCCCUGGAGUUAAUAGAAACGGCGGCCUUUGAGAACUGUGUGAAUAUAACGACGCUCGAUUUGUCCCACAAUCGACUGGUGAACUUUUCACGUCGCAGCUUCGACGAGACAACAUUUGCCUCCACUUUCCAGCUAAGCUACAAUUUGCUGACAAAUCUGGCGCAUAUUCCCAUACAGAAUAUGUCUGGGCUGCGGGUGUUGAAUGCCUCGCACAACAACAUCACUGAAAUACCCAAGAAUUGUUUUCCAAAACUUUACGAACUGCACACGAUCGAUGUGUCGUUUAACAACAUUUCCUUCAUAUUCAACGGGGUAUUUCAGACACUCUUUUCGCUGCGCAACAUUGAUUUGAGUCACAACAGCAUGCAGGAGAUCAAAUCGUCGACAUUUGGCACAUUACCAACGCUGCUGGAGAUGGAUCUUAGCUAUAAUCAGCUUGUUAACAUUGUGCGUGGAUCGCUGGCCAAACUGACGAGCAUGCGGCAAUUGUAUCUAAAUAACAAUCGCAUCGAGAAACUGUUUCAACUGCCCAUUUCGUUGAAUGAGCUCUAUUUGAGCCACAACAAUAUAUCAUCCAUACCAGCCGGCACUUGGCCCGUUAUGAACUCACUUAUAUAUUUGGACUUGGCCUAUAAUCAAAUUGGCGACAGCUUGGAUUCACAGAGCUUUACGGGUCUGUUGGUCGUACAGCGACUAAUGCUGCAGGGCAACUCCAUCAGCCGGCCACCAUUCGAGGCGAUCGCUGUGAUGUCAACGCUGCAAUAUCUGCACUUGGAGCACAACAACAUUAGCACAUUGGAGCGCAGUGCAUUUGGCAAGCUGCCCGUUCUCUUUGAACUCAAUCUGUACGAUAAUCAAGUCGCCGAGAUUAGUAAGCGGGCAUUUGAGGGACUAUUGCAGCUGCUAACACUGAAUCUGUCGAGGAAUGCCAUACAUCAGUUGCAAAACGAUAUAUUUAUUGGAUUGCCUUCGUUGCGCAGCUUGGAUUUGUCGCACAAUACGCUAUCCAAGCUGGACAAUAAAACAAAUGGCGUAUUAGAUGAUUUGCUCAGUUUGGAGACACUCAAUUUGAGUCAUAAUCGAAUUAGUUUUGUCACCAAGAAAACAUUUCCAUCCCAUCAGUAUAUACCAUAUAAUCUAAAGUAUCUGGAUUUGAGUUACAAUCAGAUGCCAGUCUUGACCUACGAUAUAACGUUCGGCACCAAAAAGCUGCGGAAAUUGAACGUCUCCCACAAUCAAAUCAACGAAUUGCGUCGCGGAGUCUUAUCGAAUUUUACAUCGCUCCAAUCGCUGGACAUAUCGCACAAUGAGCUGACGAAUCUGUUGUCGGAGGAGCAUAUUUUCGAUCUGCCCAAGAAUCUGAGCCGCUUGGAUGUAUCGCAUAAUCAAAUCUUUCAUUUGCCCUUCGCCAAUCUGGUGAAGACGCAAUCGUUGAAAUACGUAGAUCUGCGCAACAAUAGUCUGGAGGAUAUAGCCGCCUCGCUGGUGGCCACCAUGCGCAAUCGGAGUCAAGUGCUGCUCUCCAACAAUCCACUGUAUUGUGGCUGCAAUGUGCGCCCCCUGAAACACUAUAUGCUGGAGCAGAUAAAUCCUAGCGAGGAUUUGCGCAACGUCAUCUGUCAGACACCGGCUCAGGCAACGGGGCAGUAUCUGUUGCAUGUGGAUGAUGAGUAUCUCAAUUGCAGGGAGGAUGAAAUGGAGCUUUAUGCCGGCAGCGACUUCGAGCAGCUGACCGAUGUUCGCUUUCGCGAGGUUCAAACCAAUAAGGCUGGCAAUCUGACAAUGCGUUGGUUUGUCUCCGCCCUGUCGGAUGUGGCUGACUUCAAUGUUUACAUACGCAGCAGCGGCAACGAGUUGUUGCAUCAGGCUGACUAUGCCUACAAUCAACGCACGGCUCAAAUACCAGUCUCCCAGCUGCUGGUGCUUGGCGAACUGAAGCUGCGAGGCGCCGAGAUCUGUAUCGUUGCACGCGAUAGCGAUGGGAAUACACGUCGCUGGUUUGCCGGCCAGUGUCAGGCGUUGCCGUCCCUCAAGGCGCCGAGGACCUACUUCUUUGGCAACUUUAAUGUGAGAAGCGCAGCCAGCGCAACAAAAUCCCAAAUCGCACACAUAGCUUUAAUACUGUUUGUUGCCAUUAUGUAUUAAAUGUAUGCGGUGCGGUACGUUUACUGCCCGUACUCAGUGU